CCACGCGCGGAAGGUUCAAAGUUCGGCCAAAAUGGCGGAGAUGUGGGAGCAACUGAGGAGUUCUGUACGAGACAUUCUGCCGCCUGACGUGGCGGAGUACGAGGCUGAAGUCAUUGCAGCGACCGUAGUUACCUCUCUACUGGCUUUCUUGGUGAUGCUCUGGCUGGUGUGUGGAGGAAAGGGAAGCAGGGGUAGGUACAUAUGUCUGCUGGGACUUAGCAACUCUGGGAAGACGCUUCUCUUCAUGAGACUGGUGUAUGGCCAGUUUAGAGAGACACAAGUGUCGAUAAAGGAAAACAAGGCAAACUUCACUCCUAAGAACAAGGGUAAAGCAGUUGAGUUGGUGGAUGUGCCAGGAGACGAGAGAGUGAGACAGACUGUCUUCAACAAAUACAAACACUCUCUGAGGGCAGUUGUCGUGGUGAUAGACAGCGAUAAUUUCCCCAGCGAGGUUCGGGGGGUCACCGAACUGGUUUACGACCUGUUUCAGGAGCCAGCGGUCGUCAAGGGGAAAGUCCCUGUCCUAAUGACCUGUAACAAACAGGACCUUUCUUUGGCCAAGAACAAGAUGGCCGUCAGGAAACUUCUAGAAGAAGAGAUAUCAGAACUGAGAGUGAGCCGCUCAGCCAAGCUGACUUCGCUGGGGUCAAAAGGUCAAUCCCAAGCCAAACCCCUUGGUAAAUCUGGGAAGCCAUUUGAAUUCAGUGAUCUUCCGAAGGGAGUGAAGAUAGAGUUUGUUAGCUGUAGUGCCAGAGGGCGUGGCCAAGAUGGAGAGGCAGAGCUUGAUGAAAUCACUUCCUGGCUAGACCAACAUUGCUAGCAUUAUAUCAUCAUGACAUCAUUAGCAUUACAUCAUCGUCACGAUUAUUGUACAAUCAUGUCACAUGAUGAAUUUUUGCAAGUGGUAUACUUCAUGUAUACAUAGGUAUUGGGUGGUGGAAUGUUGACCUGUGAUGAUAAUGACAUGUAUUAUAUGCAGAUGUCACGAUAGAUAAGACAAACCACAAGAUUCAGAAGAAAAUUACAUAAGAUCACAUGACAAUAACAGGACAAUUACAUAAGAUCACAUGACAAUAUUGAAAGACAAUUACAUAAGACUACAUGACAAUCAGGAGAAUACAUAAACGGUGAAAGUGGAGUAGAUAAUAGACUAUUAUGAAGAGGAGCUUUCUGGCCGGACUGGGGUGUAAUGGUAAGGGGGAGGGGGUACCAGACUACCGUGGUAGUGGUAAAGGGAGGGGGUACCAGACUAGACCGGAGGGUGUCGAAGACAGCCAAUAGUGUAGAGCAGUUUAAGAGCUGGUCCAAGUUUCAGUCCAAACGUGUCCACAAGGUGACCCUCUUUUAAGAGGAACAGACUCUCUCCGUCCACGCCUUCCUCCAGGAACAUCUGAGAGUGUUGGCCGUAGCCUUGAGACUUGAGGAACUCGGCGACUUCCUCUGUGUCCCAUUCCCGAGGUCGACGUGAGAAUGUGCCCAGCUCCGUCCGGUGCCCCGUGUGUCUCCGGUCCGCAAACCGCAGAGAGCGACGACGCAGCUCUCCUGAUGGCUCUGUGGCGAGAAUAGAAAGACAAUCCACACGUCUGAUAAGACAACUCCAAGUGACUGACCUGCUGAUGUUUGUCUUUUCUCCCUAGCCUCGUCCUCCAGGGUCUCCCCCCUCUCCCCCUCCUCUCCCUCCUCAUCAUCCGAUAAUUCCUGAGCCAUCUCUCCACUGGGAGACCACACCCGGUGGAUACGCCCACCUCUCCCCUUCCUUCUCUUGCCGGGCGGAACACCAACGUUAGUUGGACUACGGGCGGAGUCUUGCAUCACCACGUCUCCAAAUGUGGAGCU